AUGGCAGGGAAGCCAGCCUUGGCGAUUUUGUUCAAGGGCACCGACACGCCCGUCCUUUUGUCUGAGCUGACAAUGAAGCAAGAAAUGUGGCUGGAGAACGGAAGGCCUUUCGAGUACGUCCGCAUUGACCCUCCGAUGGAAGGUGAGCCAAGUGAGCAUGAGGAUGGUUGGGCUGGGAUGGCCGGCGAGGAGAUGGAUGCCUUGUCAGAGCUCAACGACAAGAUCAUGGAAGCUGAACUGACUGAAAGCAGCGGAGAGGAAAAGCAUUCGGCGGGUUCAAGCAAGCAAGGUGUUGCUUCAGCUGCCGAGAGGGUGGCCCGAUAUCAGGCUAGCCUCAUUGCCCCUGACAUGGACCAGAGCAAAGAGACAUACUGUGUGGAGGAUUUCAAGCGCGUCGUCAAGGAGCUGAAGGUUGAAGGUGAGCGGCCUCACCACCAGACCCCCAUCAAGGUACUGUCUGGGUGCACUGGCAUGCUGGCAGAGGGAUGGGUGUGCAAGUUGCUGGGCAUUCCGGUCGAGUCCUACAAUUGCAGCGACCCAAAGCCAGAAAGCUAUUCGAUCGUGAACUUGAACUUUGGGCCGCAGGUUGCUAGCUUCCACAAAACCUUGCAGGAACAGAUCAGCCGCUUGGUUGAGCCUUGCCACAGUGAUUCCCAGGAAGCAGCUGACGCCAAGCACUUAGAGAACCCCGACCUUGCUGUUGCCGGGACGCCUUGCCAACCAUUCUCACGGCAACGGUCCAAAAGAAGCGCAGACAACUCCGUUCGGAGCCAUUCCAAGUUUUCCACAACGUUUGUGGAUCUCUUGGAUUGGCUGAGGGCCUUUGAACCGAAAUGCGGGGCAUUUGAGCAAGUCGAAGGGUUGGAUUGUCCUGAAAGUACUGCAUGCCGCACUACACCAUUGGAGAGGCUGUUGGAGUUGCUCGAUGCGAAGGAGUGGGGUCACGGCGGCUACCACAUGGAGCCUGUCCGCAUGGAUUCUUCAGCGUGGAUCAACAUGAGCCGCCCAAGGACGCUUUCCGGGUGGGUCGGGACGCUUUCCCGGGUGGGGUCGAGUGACGCGCUGUGA